AUGGCUGAGGAGGUCGUCAGCACGGAGCCAGCGUCGAUGGCGUCGAGCCCUAGGCUGCCACUGCUGGAUACGCAGAAUCUUCCUGAGUCUCCCACGCCCAUAAGACAGGGCUCCGCGGCCUCGUACGAAAGCCCUCGGCGACAUCAGCACCGUCAAGCAACCCUGCCACGCCAGGUCAAGGAAACUCUCAAUGCUCGGUCCGAAUACACAACCAGCCAGGACGAUGGCACUGCCCAGCACCACAUCAACCAGUACAUAAUCAAACAAGAAAUGGGUCGGGGUUCGUUUGGCGCCGUACAUCUGGCGGUAGACCAGUAUGGCGGUGAAUAUGCUGUUAAAGAAUUCUCAAAGGCCCGGCUCAGGAAACGGCAGCAGUCGCACAUGUUACGGCAGCCCCGCGGCCCACGGCGUCCAGGGACAGGCUUCAACUCGCCGCUUCAUCGCCAUCCCACCGGUUCGGAUGACGCAAAUCCUGGCCAUCCAUUGGACUUGAUCAAGGAGGAAAUUGCUAUCAUGAAAAAAUUGUACCACAGCAACUUGGUCUCGCUGAUUGAGGUCUUGGACGACCCCACCGAAGAUUCCUUGUAUAUGGUAAUGGAGAUGUGCAAAAAGGGCGUAAUUAUGAAAGUCGGAUUGGAGCAAAAGGCCGAUCCGUACGACGACGAAAAAUGCCGAUUGUGGUUUCGGGACCUUAUCCUGGGUAUUGAAUACCUUCAUGCGCAGGGCAUUGCCCACAGAGACAUCAAGCCUGACAACUGUCUGCUUACCGGAGACAAUGUUUUGAAAGUGGUCGACUUUGGGGUCUCGGAGAUGUUUGCCAAAGACUCGGACAUGUACACAGCCAAAUCCGCUGGCUCGCCCGCUUUCCUGCCGCCUGAACUCUGCGUCGCCAAGCAUGGCGACGUUUCGGGGAAAGCAGCUGAUAUCUGGUCCAUGGGAGUUACGCUCUACUGUUUGCGCUAUGGACGUAUUCCAUUUGAAAAGCAAAGCAUCUUCGAGUUGUAUGAGUCGAUCCGUAAUGAUCCCUUUACUUUGGAAGGAGAAACCGACGAUAUUUUCAAGGAUUUGAUGCACCGGAUUUUGGAGAAGGAUCCUGCCAAGCGGAUUACCAUGCAGGAGUUGCGAAACCACCCGUGGGUGACCAAAAACGGUGCCGACCCAUUGCUGUCAGAAGAGGAAAACACUGCACAGCUCAUAGAGCCUCCAACAGAGGAAGAAAUGAACACGGCCAUCACGAAUAACUUGCAGAAGAUUUUCGUUGUGAUGAAAGCCGUCCAGAAAUUCAAGAAACUGGUAGACCCUGCCAAACAUCCACAUAUGCAUAGCAUCCUUGGCCUGGACGAUGAAACACAUUUGGUCCAGCCUCCGAUGGAAAUGGAGGCCGACGAGGGUAUCGAGACGCUCAGCACAUAUAAGCGCGUCUUGAGAGAUAGAAAAUCCCAUCCCCAUCACCCAGAACACCCGCAGUCCUCGUCUGGCGAAAGGGGCCGGUCACCGAGACGACACGGCUCAACUGUUUCAUUACACCAGGCUGCUGCUACUGCUGCUGUUGCUGCUGCUGCAUCUCACGUUUCGUCGUCGAGAGAAGACACGCCAUCUGGGAGUGCGUCUGAAGGCACACGCGGCCAUGCGCGAGAUCCCUUGGAGGAGGAGCAUUUAUUCCUCAACAUCGGCCCAUCGACGUUUAGCGGGCUUGUAAAGGCAGAACAUGAUGACUACCCACCAUCAUCAUUACCAAUUCCCAUCCCUGACCCAUCAACUACAAGCAUCUCCGAAUACACCACCACCACCACCACCACCAUCACUAACAGCUCAGCGACAGCAUCAGCAACAACAACCGAAAUAGAAACAACAACCACCGUCCCCGAAGACUUCCCCAUUGUAUCUGAAUCCCCCGGCGCAUCCGAAAUCGACAUUUACGAAACCGCCUACCGCGAAGAAAUCGAACGCAUCAAACGCCGCAGCAUCGCGCGCCGCGACACUUCGACUAUUUAUCUGACGCGCCGCGUCGAAGACAAAAAAUAUCAUUUGGAUGAGGUCAUGAAACUGCUCCAGCAUCCUUCGCCGACGACACAAAAUCCGAACAACCAAUUUGUGGGAGGAAGAUUAGAUUUCUCUUAA